AUGGGAGUUCUUGGAAAAUUCAUACACUACAGUGUUGAUGCUGUUCUGGUGUCAGCAAUGUUUGCAGGUAUUCGCCGCAGCACUGGCCUCACCCUCAAGGUCAAUAAUGUUGAAAACAAGGACGCGCAGGGAUUCAUUGCCAAAUACCUGGAGGUUGGCGAGUGGGUGUUCGAUAUGAGCAGCUCUUUCAUGUCCACCAGCAGCUACUUUGAGCGCCGUCUCAACUAA